AUGGCUGAUGGCCAGGUCCGCCUGCUAUUGAUUUCCACGUCUCAGACAGCCCAGCCGCCUUCUCUAGUCGACGGCAUUCGUUGGUCAGCUGCCUAUUGCAUCUACAACACCAACACCGCCAACAACAACUACUACUACUACAAUUACGUCUACGACUACAACUACAACGAGUCGGUCAACUACGUCCCCUUGGACGAGCUGGUGCCCAACGCCGUCGUGUACGGGCUGACGUUCCUGCUGGGUCUGGUGGGCAACGUCCUCGUCAUCAUCUCCGUGGCGCGCUACAAGAGGAUGCAGAACGUCACCAACAUCUUCCUGCUCAGUCUGGCUACCGCCGACCUCCUGCUGGUCCUCAUCUGUGUACCAGUCAAGAUUGCCAAGUUUUUUUCCUUCACUUGGACGUUUGGAGAGGUCCUGUGUAAGCUGGUGCAUUACCUUCAGAACGUGUCCAUCAUUUGUUCAGUGGCCAAUCUCACUGGACUCAGUCUCGAAAGAUACUACGCCAUUCUUCACCCGAUACGUGCUAAAUACACGUGUACCGUGACACUGGCAAGACGAACCGUCUUAGUCAUCUGGUUACUCAGUGUUCUUAUGGCCUUACCCAUUCUCGUGGGACAGACUCACCUUCCCGUGGGUGAACGAGUAAAAGCCUUCUGGUGCCUUGAACGCUGGGAUCGAGUCAUCUACCACCAGCUGUACCAGCUGUACAUGUUCAUCAUCAUCCUCAUCAUGCCCAUAUCGCUGAUGACCUUCGCCUACUCGAGUAUAUGCAGAAAGCUUUGGAAAGUCAGCUACCACAGGGCCACGAUACGUGCUAACAGACCGAGACUGUCGUGUCAAGAAACGGGAUUGCUGUAUACCCCGACCAGAUUCAGACAGGACAAAGUGUUGCCAGGGAGUCUGACCGUUAGGAGGAAGAGGGUCAGUAUGGAUGAAGAUGCUACUCGAAAGCAGGUCAUAAAGAUGCUGGUGGCCGUCGUGGUGCUGUUCACUAUAUGCUGGGGACCAAUCAUGAUGAACAAUCUUCUCGUUGCCUUCCACGUGUUAACUGACCUGAACGAGGGUCACCUGAAGCCCAUCAGACAGGCCUUCUGGCUGAUGGCCUACUCCAACAGCUGCGUCAACCCGAUAGUCUACGGAUUCAUGUCCAAGAACUUCAGGGACACCUUCCGCUACACCAUCGGCAUCUGCUGCCAGCGUCAGUUCGCCAGGAGGAUGUCCUACUUCCAGCAGGUGCACGGGACCAGGAGUUCCAUUCUUCUGCCGUCUGCUCAGUCGACGAGCGUCAGACGAGCGUCGCAGUUCAACGACUACGAGCGCUUCGUCUGCUCGCACCACGCCAAAAGUAAUUCCAUAUCAACGGAGAUGACCGUGUUGCGAAGACUGGACAAGAGUUCCCCUGAGGGAAUGUGUAAUGGUCAUGCUCAUGGAUGUCCUUGA